CCGGCUCACCGAUCAAAAAGAGCAGGGGCUUGAGGCAUAGCAAGAGCGUUGGCGAUGGGAUCAGGAAUCUCAGGCAACGCAUGUCUGGCAAGUCCAACAAAUUUGCAGACGUCAACGGCACUCUUACUCCAGAUUUCGGCUCGCCGUUUCGCAGAACCAAUGUGCCGAACGGGGAAAUGCGGGACUCAUUUCGGAGUGCAUUGACGAGUCAUUCAAGUUAUGGACAUGCAAGUAGCGUGCUUACGACUCAGACCACGCAUACUAGCGUCUCCUCCAAUAGCGAAUAUGUUAAGAUAGGCCGGGAAGAUUAUGAUGAUGGUGGCAGAUUAACGGACAUUGAUAUGAGCGUGGAUGAUGUGUUGGGCAUGUAUGAAGAUGGAUUUGACAGUAGCGCCCGCCCUAGUAUGGAGGUGCGAAGCAUACAUUCUACAGAUGAGACUGCGAAGAACAGUCUGGACGACAGAGCUAGACGCUCGUUACAACUGGAACGACCUUCAAGCAUGCCGAAACAUGGCAUGUCUCCUCCGAAGAGGCCGAAUGCUGCGCAUCGCCGUUCACAGAGUGCUAGUGUCCUCAUUCUCGGCGCGCCAAGGACUCAACAGAGAGGUCUAAGUCCAUCUCCAUCGCGCGGUCCUCCACCACCGGCCAAGGAUGCAAAGUCACUCACGUCUGUGCACAUAGUUACUGGAAAGCUCGCCGAUGCACGACCUGCAGUGCCUUCAGCACCCGCAGCCGAUGUACCACGAGAUCGCUAUGGCUUUAAGAAGGAAUCACAUCAUAUUUCACUCGAGCAGUACGAUACGUGGGAUAGAGGCUACAGUGAGCAUAUCGAGAGGCGAAGAAAGAAGUGGUACGCAUGGAUGAAGCAGUAUGGGCUGUCAAUCGAAGGCGCUGUGAGGUUCCCGACGAAGAGCGAAAAAGCUAAGCGCUAUGUGAGGAAAGGCAUACCGCCUGAGUUUCGUGGAGCUGCAUGGUUUUGGUAUGCUGGCGGACCACGCUUGUACGCCAAGCACCCGACUUUGUACGAAGAUCUCCUCGUAAGAGUCGAAGACGGAGAACUCACCGACAACGAUCGCGAGCAUAUCGAGCGCGAUCUCCAUAGAACAUUUCCUGACAACGUGCGCUUCAAGCCAGAUCCGGCAACGAUGAAUGAUGCACAAGCUGGAGCUGGUGGAGGUGAGGUUCCCAUCAUUCAGAAGCUUCGCCGAGUGCUCCAAUGCUUUGCGGUCCAGAACCCGCACAUUGGCUAUUGCCAAUCUCUCAACUUCAUCGCUGGCCUUCUACUGCUCUUUCUCGAUGAGAAUGAAGCCAAGACCUUGAUCCUUCUCAACCUGGUCACAUCGAUCCACCUUCCAGGUACCCACGGCGUAGCGCUUGAAGGCGCGAAUAUCGACAUCAGCGUCCUAAUGUCUUUCAUUCGCGACACUCUACCAUCUAUUUGGAAUAAGCUCGAUGACAAAAAGGACAGCAGUGCUCACGGCAUCGCCGCCGCCGCCAACGUCGCAGGUGGCAUAGGUGGCCUGAGACUACCCACCAUUUCUCUUGCAACGACAGCAUGGUUCAUGUCGCUCUUCGUCGGCACCCUACCCAUCGAAAGUGUCCUUCGAGUUUGGGAUUGCCUCUUCUUCGAAGGCUCCAAAACCAUUUUCCGAGUAGCUCUUGCCAUCUUCAAAGCUGCAGAAUCUCAGAUUUUGAAAGUCAGUGAUCCGAUGGAGAUCUUUCAGGUCGUACAGACGAUACCUAGAAGCAUGCUCGACUGCAAUGCGCUCAUGGAGGUCUGCUUCAGACGAAGAGGUGGCUUUGCUGGCAUUAGUCAAGGCGAAAUCGAGCAGAGGAGAGCGGCUAAGAGAAAGCAGGUCAGAGAUGGCAUCGCGAGAGGUGACGGAGGUGUGGUAAGACGGCUGAAGACGAGAUUGAGGACAGGGACUGGUGGCCCGCUCUGAAGAGGUGGACAUCGCACCGGAUGAGACAUUUAGGAGGUAAGCACAUGGAGUCAAGACUCUUGGUGAUGAUUGUUGACAAAAAUGUUGUCGAAUGGCAUUACGAGCCAAUUGGUUGCAAGGAUAUCAUUACUACCAUGUCCGGACAAGGCUAUGUAUAGCGCUGUUUUUUAAAGUGGACUAGGUCCGUGCGUCUACAAGGGUUUUGAUAU